GCUUUGCUUUCCUCGUCCGCUUCCGGCUUGCCCUGCCUCUCUCCGCCCCGCGUCGCCUCAUCGCCAACAACCGACGAGAUCCGGCGCGGGAAAACGAGCCCUAGAUCCGGCGGCACCCUCAUGCGACCUUGUUGAGUCCGGGCCUUCCUCCUCCCGCCGCUGGUGUCGCCAUGGCGGGGAGCGACCUCGAGCCGCUGCGCGCGAGCGCGGCGGCGCUGCCGUCCUCGUCGGACCCGGACUCGCCCGCCGUGACCCCGCGCCGGAGCCGCGUGCGGGACCUGCUGCGCAACCUGGACCGCCGGCUCUCCAACCGAAGCCGCGGCGGCGCGGACGCGGGGCACGGCGGCGGCGAGGCCGGGGCGUCACCGAGGAGGCCCGAGGAGGAUAGCGACGAGCUCGGCGACGGCGCGCCGCCCGAGUGGGCGCUGCUGCUCGUAGGAUGCCUUCUUGGGCUCGCCACCGGCAUCUGCGUCGCUGUGUUCAAUCGCGGGGUACAUGUCAUACAUGAAUGGGCAUGGGCAGGCACUCCCACUGAGGGUGCUGCUUGGCUUCGUCUGCAGAGGCUUGCUGAUACCUGGCAUAGGAUAUUGUUAAUUCCAGUGACUGGUGGAGUAGUUGUGGGCAUGAUGCAUGGAUUAUUGGAGAUUUUUGAGCAGAUAAAGCAAUCCUUAUCAUCUCAAAGGGAGGGUAUUGAUUUCAUGGCUGCGAUUUUUCCCACAAUCAAAGCUAUCCAAGCCGCAAUUACUUUAGGGACAGGGUGUUCACUGGGGCCAGAAGGACCCAGUGUUGAUAUUGGUAAAUCAUGCGCAAAUGGGUGUGCGGAAAUGAUGGAGAACAAUAGGGAACGAAGAAUUGCUCUUGUUGCUGCCGGAUCAGCUGCUGGAAUCGCCUCAGGUUUCAAUGCUGCAGUUGCUGGGUGCUUUUUUGCUAUCGAAACAGUAUUACGGCCACUUCGAGCAGAAAAUUCUCCACCAUUUACUACUGCUAUGAUUAUAUUAGCAUCAGUUAUAUCAUCAACUGUUUCCAAUGUUCUGCUAGGGGAAAAGGCAGCAUUUAUUGUGCCGACGUAUGAACUAAAAUCUGCUGCUGAGCUGCCACUCUACCUUAUUCUGGGCAUGCUUUGCGGUGUUGUAAGUGUGGCAUUCAGGCAGUUGGUUGUUUGGUUCACUAAGACUUUUGACUUGAUAAAGAAGAAGUUUGGCCUUCCUGCUGUAGUAUGUCCUGCUCUAGGUGGUCUUGGAGCAGGCUUAAUAGCUCUAAGGUAUCCUGGAAUAUUAUAUUGGGGUUUCACCAAUGUGGAUGAGAUUCUACAUACGGGCAAAAGUGCUUCAGCCCCUGGAAUCUGGCUCUUGGCUCAAUUAGCUGCUGCGAAAGUUGUAGCAACGGCACUUUGCAAAGGUUCUGGUCUUGUUGGUGGCCUUUAUGCUCCAAGUUUGAUGAUUGGCGCUGCUGUUGGUGCUGUUUUUGGAGGCUCAGCAGCAGAAUUAAUAAACUCUGCGAUUCCGGGUAACACUGCUGUUGCACAUCCUCAAGCUUAUGCACUGGUGGGAAUGGCUGCUACGCUGGCUUCAGUGUGUUCUGUUCCACUGACAUCUGUGCUGCUACUCUUUGAAUUGACCAAGGAUUACAGAAUUCUACUUCCUCUAAUGGGAGCUGUUGGUUUAGCAAUAUGGGUCCCAUCUGUUGUAAAUCAAUCUGGUAGCAAAGAUACAUUCGAGGCAACAUCACCCCGUCAUGGCUAUUCGUCAUUGUUACCUCCCACAGAUAGGAAUGAGACAGAUUGGAGGCGACAAGAUGGAGACGAUGUGGAACUCACAAUUCUAGACGUUGAUCCCUACCACUAUGGUAGUAACAAUGAGGAGAUGCUUCUUGAUGACUUGAAGGUAUCACAAGCAAUGACAAAGCAUUAUGUGAAGGUCACACCUACAUUCACCAUCGAGGAGACAACAAGGCUUAUGCAAGAGAAGCAGCAAAGCUGUGUUGUUGUUGUAGAUAAUGAAGAUUUUCUUGAGGGAAUUGUAACAUUAGGUGACCUUCGUCGUAAAGGAUUUGUGCCAAGUGAAAACUCUGAUAGUACCCAGGCAAAUUCAUCAACCGUGGAUGCAAAUUCUUCUCUUGUGUCAUCAUGCCUUACUCGAGGUUUUCAGUUCCAUGGCAAUGAAAGAGGACUGGUGACCUGCUUUCCAGAUACAGACCUGAGUACCGCCAAGGUUCUCAUGGAAGUUAAAGGUAUUAAACAGCUUCCAGUGGUCAAACGUGGUGCUGGCCGUAGAAAUGAUGGGAGGCGUAAGGUCCUUGGCCUUCUUCAUUAUGAUUCAAUAGGAUGGUGCUUAAGGGAAGAGCUUGAGCGGUGGAAGGCAAUAUACCAGAGAGAGAAUUUCCAGCAGACUGCAGUUAAUGGGCACUGAAUAUGCAAAAUUGAAGGCUUGUUUACCUCGUAGCGAAGAAGAUAAGAUACGAAAUAUAUAAAGUGACAUUCCGAUAAAACUAGGGUUAACUUAGGAACACUGCUGUUAAAGAGUCUCCUCAUCAAAGUGUAAAUUCUUGAGUUUUGCCAAGAUAUGCAUUCUGUAUCAAACAUAUACGAUGAGGUUUAAGAGGUGAUCGAUAUAUAAGAGAUGUGUCAUGUGCGGUGUGCUGUUGUCAGAUUUCGUUGUGGAGUGCUGAAGUUCGGACACGAAAUAUGUACAGUAACAUGCUUUGUUCCUUUUUGGGUUC